UCAUAACUAAGUGCAAGGAGGAGGAGAAUAGACUUUCACAUUGUUGAAAGCUUAUCAAGCAAAUACAAUCAUUCGAGCAACAAAAAACUGUUUAUUGUGAUUUGAAUGAUACAGUUACUGUCGUUGACCGUGCCUUGCCAGGGGUUAUCAUCAGGGGACCACAAGGCGAUAACUCUUGGAAUUCAUCUGAAAAGACAAAAUAAUUAUCACUCUGAUGUUCAUUGCUUGGAUUCGCCUCACACUAGACGUGCCUCGCGAUGAAGCUCUCACUUGUGCUGGCUUCGUUGAUUGCUCUGAGCACGGGUUCUAUCAUAGGCCUAUCGUCUGGCAAACAGCGCUACAAAAGCUAUGGAUUUGCUUUUCUCUUACCCGCCAUCGACGUUGACCUCGAAGAGUAUGGUCAGCCCGAAAACUUGAGACAGGAUCCUGUUGAACCAAGCGAUGAAGAAAAACAGAGGGCAGUGCUACAUUUGUUGACAAACUCUUUCCAUGAGACAGAAGCUUAUCUUGAAAAGACUGCAUUGGAACAUUUUCCUUUCCGCCACGGCAACGCAUUCCACAACCAUGAAGGCGUGCUACGGUUCCUGAGAGACUUCAACAGGAACGGCUUCCUGCCUCGCGACGAGGUGUUCUCGCCGAGCAACCAGGAGCACCUGAAUCAGGCGGCACAGCUGUUCAACUUCUUGUACUGCGCGCGUGACUGGGCCACCUUCCACCAGGCGGCGCUGUGGGCCAGGCGCAACUUCAACCAACAGCAGUUCACCUUCUCCUUCCUCGCCGCAGUCCUCAAUCUGCCCUCCACCCGAGGUGUCACUCUGCCCGCUCUCUACGAGAUAUUCCCCCAUGCAUUUGUGCCCGCCACCGCUUUACAUAAGAUUUACGAUGCCAAGUUUCAAGGCCGAAACAAGGUGUCAGUGUCAGCCAACUACACAAAUCAGAACCGCAACAACAAUGCAUUCAACCGGUUGGACAAUGACGACAACCCCUACGAUCACGACACCCAGAACACCAACAGCAAUCGCAACCCGCACAACCCCGGGUCCGUGUUCGCCAACAACGACGGGUCGCCGUUCAACACGGCCGGAACCCCAGAGAAUCCCGAGAACCGGAUCAGCUAUUUCACCGAGGACAUCGGAGUGAACGCCAUGCUGGCUGGCAUGCAUGCUCAGAUCCCCUCUUUCUUCGGACUCAACUACGACGUCAACUAUUGGAUCAGCAACAGGAACAACAAUGAUAAUAUCGACGGAAACAGAAAGCAGUUCCACUACAAGUAUGACAACAAAAUUGAUGUUGAUGCCGGCAAUGAGUUUUACUUUGUACAGCAACAGCUGUACGCCCGGUAUAUCCUGGAGCGUAUCAGCAACCAGCUCCCUAUUCCUGAGCCGAUCAACUUCAGUGGAAUUAUUAAGCCAGGCUACAAUCCGCGUCUGCAGCACUCGAACGGGGAGGCGGUGCCAGCUCGGCCUCCAAACGCCGCCUUCCAGCAGCUGGCGUCCAAUGACAACAAUGACAACGCCAACGCCCUGCAGCCCAACAACGACCAAGCCCAGAACCCAUCCAUCUACGAGCAGCGUCUGCAGCAAGUAGCCGACUCCUCCUUCGUCGUCAAUGUUGACGGCAGCCAAACUAAACUGACUGUCGACAACGGUGUUGCGGUGUUGGCGAAUCUGGCAACAGCGCCGAGCCGAUCGCCCAACCCGGGCUACUAUGGAAACUACUUUGCGACGGCAAGCAACGCGAUUGGCUACAUCGCCGACCCCAGCAACCAGAACAGCGUCGCGCCCGGACCUGUCUCCAACUUUGCCACCGCUGCUCGCGACCCGGCCUACUACAAACUGCUAGCAAAAUUCCUGCAGAUCUUCAACAACUACCUCAACAAUCAAGUGCCUUAUUCGCCCGAACAGCUCUCGUUUCCCGGAGUGAAAAUCCAAAGUUUCAACAUAUCUCGGUUGAUAACCUACUUUGAAGACUACACUAUCGAUGCCAACAACGCAGUGUACGAGGACUUCUAUGACAGCGAUAGCAACAAGGAGAGCGGGAAAGAUGCAGGCAGCUACCAAGUGGUUUUCCAGCGGCUGACCUGCAAUCGCUUCAACUAUCGGCUGGCAGUGGACAGCACCCGCGAUGUGGAGGCUGAGGUGCGCAUUUUCAUCGGACCCAAGUUCAACUCCAACGGUCAACUGUUCACGCUGCCUCAGGCCGGACAGUACUUCGUACAGCUCGAUCGAUUCACAUAUCCUCUUCGGAGUGGAAAGAAUGUGAUAGAGAGGAAUUCGCAGCAAUCCGUCAACUUCUCUCCAGACUUCCCAGGUUUCAGUGAUCUGUGGAAACAAGUGAGAAUGGCUGAGCAGGGAAAGCGCUCUUCCAACAUAUUCAAAGAAACAAACAGACGUUGGAGACUUCCUCAGAGAAUGCAGUUGCCUAAAGGAACCACCGACGGACAAGAGUUUGUUAUGUACGCCAUCAUCAAUAGAAACGAGUCCAAUGGGAAGAGUGAUCAGGAGAAGAAUGUGGAUGUUGUCAAGGAUCUAUAUAAUAAUUAUGUGGAUACUCCUUAUUUCACUGAAUUUGAUACAAAUACAAGAGAAGAUGAUUCAAUUGUGUUGAACUAUGGAAGAAGAAAUGAAAUCAGAAAUACUAUGGAUCAGAGAGCUAGAAAACAAUUCCCGGAUAUUCAGCAAACACGGUCAAUUGCGUUCCCAUUCGAUAGACCAAUUCAAGAUGUCAAUUUCAACUCUCAAAAUCAAAUAUUUGAAACGGUUAAAAUUUAUCAUAAAACUUUCAAUGGUAGAAAGAGUUUGUGACCUCCAUAAUAGUAAUCAAUAAAAACUAAAUCUGCCACAAAAUUUUUUGUCUUUGUCAAUUAUGAUAAGUCUGAGUUACUUUUUGGGAUGACUUCUCAUUGUUUUGUUUCUCCUGUUCCCACUGAUAUAGGCCUACUUGUGUUUAAGUCAAGAUCUAAUUGCAUUCUUUUCGAACAUUUACUGACGGAACUAAAGACUAAUUUUUUUGAAUAAUAGUUAUUGAAACUAUAGUACCACUCGCAUAACCUACUAGAUUUGAUUAUUAUUAUUAAAGAAGAAAAUAAUUAGACUAGAGUGUCGUCAAAAAUAGUUCGAAAAAUAAUUAUAGCAGUUCAUCUUGGAAAGUAGAAAUAAAUGAAUCAAAUUAAUUCACACGUAUAAGAAUAAUUUCACUUCACUACUAUAAUUUUUCUUACUUACUAUUUUCUCAUAUGUAUGAUGAUCCAACAAUUUGCAUAUUUUACCCUAAAAAGGUACACUGGGGCACUUAGUGACCCACUGAAAAUUAUUUUCCUCAGUACUGUGAUGUUUCAUUUAGCCCUAUAUAUACAUAUUACUCAACAUUUGUGACUUUUACUUUUUCACAAUGCUUUAUUAUCAGCUGAUAUCGAUAUCAUUUUCGUGAUGAUGAAAUGUUCAAUUGAUUUAAUAAAUUAAUGGUGUUUGGGGCAUACCGUACAGUGCCCCUGUUUAACUUUCCUGUCAUAUUUUUGUUAAUAAACUUUACUUGAUAUUUGAUUA